GUUAAUCCCGUCCUCCUUUUAUAGUAUCUGAGCUUACAUCCGUGUCUGACUGUGUUUGCGCUAAAUUAGCCUCCGCCUAUGUGGAUUAGUUAUGUGUGGCUUGCUCGCCUGGACUAUCCUGUCUUCCAUCCACCAUCCAUCGACAGCACUGAUCCAGUACUCUGCCGCUGAGCUUCUAAAGCUCCGCUUGCAUCCGCACGGGCCGCCUCUCGCGGCCCUGCUCCUGCACCCGCACCUUGACAUCAGAGGUACAUUCACCGCGGCUCCCGUUGGGGCUUCCAGUGCAACAGAUCCAGCCCCGUCGGAUCACUCUGGUCCACUGCUCGAUGUCCACCGAGGAACACCGGUCUCCGUGCUUAUCACAGUGUGUUAGCCCGCUUAGCUAGGUCGGCUAACAUGGCUGUCAAAUUCAGCAGCACUACUGUCAACUUCGGUCUUUUCAACAUCCGCUCACUCAAGAAUAAGGGGCUUUUCGUGUCUAACUGAAACAUGGCAGCAGCCAAAUGACCUUACUCCACUCAAUGAUGCUACACCUCCAGGGUUUGUUCACAUCUCUCAACCUCGUGACUCCAGCCGAAGAGGAGGUCUUGAGAUAAUCUGCUGUGAGACAUGGAGGACAGCGUCUUGUUUGUGCGGUAUAACCUUGGUCCAGGUGUUGUGGUGGAGUUGCAAGAGGAGGCAAGUGUGGCUGAGCUGAAGGAGGUGGUAGGAAGUCAGCAGGGAGUCCAACCAGAGCAUCUCAGGGUCCUGUUCGCUGGGAGGGAGCUGAGGAGCACCACCACACUGCAGGGUUGUGACCUCCCAGAGCAAAGUACCGUCCAUGUUGUCCUCCCUCCAUCAGGUUCCUCCCCCUCCCAGAUGUUCCUCCUACAGGAGCGCCUGGCUCGAGGAGGGGAAGGGGAGCAGGACAGUCUGACCAGGCUGGACCUCAGCUCCUCGCGCCUCCCCUCCACCUCCUCUGACCUGGCCGUGAUUCUGGAUGGGAGUGAAAGAAGAGGAAGUGAUGGAGGAGGUGUUGGAGGAGUAGAGGCGGCGAGAGAGGAGAUGCAGGCUGCAGGUCCGAAAGGUAUGCGUACCUGCAGCACCUUUUUUGUGUACUGCAAAAGCUGCAGGUCGAUCCAGCCAGGAAAACUGAGAGUUCGCUGCAGAAGCUGCAGGCAGACAACACUGACACACAGCAGGGGUCCAUCCUGUUGGGAUGAUGUUCUCCUCCGAGGUCGUAUCCAUGGUGUGUGUCAAUCUGAUGGUUGUCAUGGCAACGAAGCAGAGUUCUACAUGAAGUGUGCGUCCCAUCCAACCUCUGAGGACGACCUCUCCGUCGCCCUGGAUCUCAUUAUGGUCAACAGCAGAGACGUCCCCUGUAUCGCCUGCACUGACAUCAUGGACCUGGUCCUGGUCUUCCAGUGCUCAGAGCGUCAUGUGAUCUGCCUCGAAUGUUUCCGUCGUUACUGUCAGACUCGACUAAACGAGCGACAGUUUGUUUACCAUCCUGUGAUUGGCUACACACUGCCGUGUGCUGCGGGCUGCGUCGAGUCUCUCAUUAAAGAGCUGCAUCAUUUCAGGAUUUUGGGAGAUGAUCAGUAUGGGCGGUACCUGCAGUAUGGGGCGGAGGAGUGCCUGCUGAUGACUGGUGGUGUGAUGUGUCCGUCACCUGGCUGUGGGGCGGGGCUUGUCCCACCUGAAGACAGCAGGAGGGUGGAGUGCGACAGACAGCUUGGCUGUGGCUUCGUCUUCUGCAAAGAGUGCAGGGAGGGUUACCAUGAAGGAGCAUGUCACACUGAGCCAGUCCUGCCCCCAGGUGAAGCCUCACAGGGUUUUCUGGUGGACGAGGAGGCAUCUCUGAGAGGGAGGUGGGAUCAAGCCUCCCUGCUCCUCCUGAAGGAGUCAACUAAACCCUGCCCUCAGUGUUCAGUCCCUGUGGAGAGAAACGGUGGUUGUAUGCAUAUGCAGUGUCCCCUGUGCAGAGUAGAGUGGUGUUGGCUCUGUGGAGUCACCUGGAACAGAGAGUGUAUGGGAAACCACUGGUUUGGAUAAAACACACUCACGCGCACGCACAGAGCAGCUUAGUUCAGCAGGAGAAGCCGGGAAUCAAACCACCAACUCUGCUCAACCAUCUGAUGUUAGACAUUGAUAAAAAAAAAAAAAAAACAGCUUCGGGGGAUUGUGGAAUAUGUGGUUUUAAAUACCCCAUAUGUGUACUUAUCAAUGUUGCAGUAAUAAUUUAAAGACAUUUUAAUUUAUAGAUGUUAUAUCUGUUUUCAUGUAGAAUUUUUUUGUUGCCAGAAAUAUUAGAACUUUAUUGAAAGUCCAGCUACUGGGGUUCCUGCUGGCCAAGAGAUUUAAAAUGUAAUCAGUGUAAUCAGUCAUGUAAUCAGUAUGCCACUGCUUUGAGUUUCCUGUUCAUUUUCUGGCAGUCUGUCCAAUAAAAAUACUUAUUUAUUAAAAAAGUUUAUUAAUCUGA